AUGCAGCUGAUGCAACUGAAAAGUGAGACGUUGAGGAGGCGGCGAGCUGAGAUUCAUUCCUUGGUCAGACAACAGAUCAGCAUCAAGAAGGCCCAACUGCGCGCUGAACAGAAAGCCAAAGCGGAAAUACGUCGUACCCGGAACCUCACUAUCACCGUUAACCCCGCAUCCAUUGCGCUAACUUCCGAAGACAUGGCCAUCAUGGAGGAUAAGGUUUUGAAACAGUUUGGAAAUCGCAGUUCAAUGUUCGAAGAGGUAGAAAAGUUCCUAAAUUUUGACACGGAAGCCAUGGAGGCCAUGGCCAAGGCCCUGGGUUCAGACGAACGCGCGCAGCAAUUUGUAGGGACCCUGAAGCAGCCCAAGUACCUGCUGGAAUACCUUAAGCACAAAUGUGAAGACUAUAUAUCGCUGCUGCUGAAACGAGACUGGUCAGAGUCCGAGCUCAAGGACUUGGCAAAUGGGCGCUUCAAGGAGGAACUGCAACCCGGUGACUUGCCAAUUACAAAUCCUCUUACCACAAUCGCGACAGGAAUCAGUGAGGAGCUGCUGAUUAAGUUCUACAAGGCUCUUAAAACUGCUGAUCAC